CCGCACACUGAGAAUACAUCUUGAAAAAGAAAAAGUCCUCCGUGAAAUGUACGAUUACUUUAAUUUCACUAAAAACAUGUCCACGAGGCACGGUGCUUUGAGUUUCGACUAGCAAAUAAGUCCGCCAUGAGUACAUCAAAAUGUCUCAAUAAAUUAGAAUAACGUGGGUGACUUCAUUGAAUUGCAGCAUUGUAAUUAUGAAAGUGAACAUGAUUUAUCCAACACACAAAAACACUUCCAUAUGAAAAUAUUUUUGAUUGCUUCUUCUGCAACAUUCUAAUUUCUCAAGAAGGUAAAAUGUGCUUUUCUUUCAAGUAAUGUGCUAAAAUAAAAAUAAAAAUAAAUUGAAAAGUUUACUCUUUGUCGUCAAUAUAUGAGUUUUUAAAUUAGACUACAGAUAAACAUGAGAUUUUCAAUUUAUUGGGAUGCAUCUAUACUCUCAACAAUCCCAUCCAAUCAUUCAUUUGUUCACAAACCCUCUUUAUAACUAUACUCAAGAUGUAUCUAAUCCGGACUCUCUAAUCACUUUAACAUUUCCCAUAUCGUUUGCAGUUUUAAUUGAUGUUUAAUGUUCUGAUAUUUGAUUGUAUUGCUUAAUCUCAUUUUAAAGAUGUGUGUAUGGUGACAUUGUGCGGCUCGAAAGGUACCUAUAAAUAAAAUGAAUCAUUAUUAUUGAAUUACAGCACCAGAUGUCCUGCGGUCAGCCAUACUGCACCGGGAUGUGUCGUGCCUAGAACGGGAGCAGGAUUCAUUAUAACGCAACAUGGGGAGCCCGCUAACCUGACUUCAUAUUUACAGUUAUGGUCAAAAUAUGCACUACCGUAAUUUCUCAAAAAUAAGUUAAUAGAGCGCAUUAUAUUUAGGUAUGGAUGAAAAAUUGAAAAAAUAAAAAAACGCAUACAUAUACUUUUCAAUAUGAUAAUUGAUGUCUUAUGUUACACAUUUAUAUAUAUUAUGGUAAUGUGCGCCCCCAACCUGAACUCUACGACCUCCUCGGGUGAGUUUGCAUUUUACGAUCGUUAGCGUAGCACGUUGGUUGCUACUGCACCAAAGAUCAGGAACGACUGCCCGGGAGUUUGUUUCAACUCAAACUAAGACAAAAAAAUGUCGACUACAACGGCUAGUUGUGCAGCUGCUUUUAAAAGAAACGUGUCAUCACUCGGGCCGAUGAUGCCGGGAAAACGGAAGUAGCACGGCUGUCCGAAACCAUGGUAAGUCAAUGACUUCAGCUGGGUAUCCAAAGAACGCGAGAUCAAACUACGUAGUACGAGCAACAAGGACACAUAAAAAAAGGAGCGCGCACACAAUUGAAAUGCCCGCUUUUUUUUUUUUUUUAAUGUGCCAAUUCCGCUCAUCUCUAGUAGUUUGAGCUCACUUUGUUUUUGAUAGCCACCUGACACUAGAGUGAAAGCUGUGCAACCCAAACUCUUUGGAUUAAAGAAAUGUAUCCUCAUAAACGCCAUGGACGGAACAGAGGAUGACAUGCAGUGGUAGCAAGAUGGAAUGUUUAUGAUGCAAUGCAAAAGGCACCGUACCAAAACUGUACCAAGUCGUCAAUGACGAGUUCCACAGCGAUGCACCAAAGGUAGCUAAUAUGGAUCUUUUUCAGACUGGAGUUUCUGUGGCAGCAACGCGAUCAGUAUGACAGCCAGGAGGUCGCUUAUGUGCAGGUUUAGGGUGAUCCUGUGCACCUUCCUAGUGUGCCUUGGGAUGAGCAUCACAGUCGUUUUAGUUAUUUACUUGACGGGAACUACGCCGACUAAGCCCCGAGUGCCGGUGCCUCUAUCGUGCCGCCCCUUCUCCGCCCACUGCCGAGCUUUUCUUCCCGUCACUGACGGACAGACGGAAUGGCACCGGCGUGACUGUCAGAUCGAAGGAUACAUUACGAACACCAACCUUCAGUGCUCUAAUUUGAUGAGAGACCUUCACUUCAUCACGAGACCUCUGAGCCGCGAGGAGGAGGACUACCCGUUGGCAUUCAUCCUGACCGUACACAAAGAGCUGGAGCUUUUAGUGCGGCUACUGCGGGCGAUUUAUGCGCCGCAAAAUGUCUACUGCAUCCACGUGGAUGCCAAGGCUCCACAGGAGUACCAAACAGCUGUGCAGAAGCUGGUGGGCUGCUUUAAAAACGUCUUCCUCUCCAGCCGCAGCGAGAGAGUCACGUAUGCCGGCUUCUCGCGCCUUAAGGCGGACUUGAACUGCAUGACCGAUUUGGCCGGGUCCGAAGUCGGCUGGAGGAAGGUGGUCAAUCUGUGCGGGCAGGACUUCCCCCUCAAGAGCAACCUGGAGCUGGUGCGGUACUUGCAGAGCAAAGAGUGGCGGGACAAGAAUAUGACGCCGGGGAUCAAGCAGCCGCCACAUAUAAGGAGGCGGACGAAGUAUCGAUACAGGGAGAUCGCCGGUUUACCCGUAGCUCUCGUCGGGUUGGGAAUGAAGAAAGACCCACCUCCUCACAACCUGCAAAUAUAUUUUGGGUCAGCCUACUACGCGCUGACAAGAGGCUUUGUCGACUUUGUUCUCGAGAGCCGCAAAGCCCGGGACCUCCUGGAGUGGUCGAGAGACACAUACAGUCCGGAUGAACACUACUGGGUCACGCUCAACCAAGUUCGAGAGGCACCAGGCAGCAAUGUUGGUGGUGGCUGGGAAGGAGACAUCCGAGCUAUCAAGUGGGAGGAUCACGAGGGAAAGAGCCACACUGGCUGCAAAGGCCGUUACGUACGACAAAUCUGCAUCUAUGGCAUAAAGGACCUGCCGUGGCUCAUCGAGAAGAACAGCAUGUUUGCCAACAAGUUUGAGAACAACUUCUUGCCCGAGACGCUGGACUGCCUGGAGCAGUGGCACAGGAACAAAAUGCUCAGCAACGCCACCGUUCCCAUAGAGUCGUCAUGGCUGCUGGCCACACGAAGCGUCGAGGGCAGUGGCAACCGUAACAAGUGCGCCGCUGCAUAAAAUCACAGCUGGUAAUGCUGUCCCAGAUCAUUCAUUCAGGAGGUAAUAAAAAUAGGAAAAUCAA